GGGAAAGCGGGGGAGCUGCAGUGCCUGUUCUCACCCAGCGGGGGUCUGGGUCAUUGCAGCGGCGGGAGGGCCCUGCAGUCACUCCGCAUCUUCGGCAGCUCGGAAGGGCCCCCAGACCGCCCUCUCUGAGCGGCCCUGCAGAACGGCGGCAGGAUACUGGGGCACCGGAGUUCUCCCCUCCCCCGGCGCGUGUGGAGAGAGGGGGCAGAGGGCGAGUGGCGGUCUGACCCGCCCCGCCCCGCGCCGCGGCUCAGCCUGGGACACGCAGGACGGCCCGGGGCCUGUUCCUGUUGCCUUGCCCCUUGGAUGCUCCCACGGCCCAGCCUGUCCCUUCUGCCUCGAUUCUGCUCCUUCCUCCCCAUUGCCACCAUGAGCAGCAAAACCAGCACCUUCCACUUGCAGCAACCACUCAACUACCGGGCUGGGGCCCGAAUUCAACCUGUGGAUGGAAGCCACAAUGAGGAAGUGUAUGAGCCAGCGACAGGUCGAGUGAUGGGCAAGUUUCUAUUCUCUGGGGAGAAGGAGGUGGAUCUGGCUGUGCAGAGUGCCAAAGCUGCCUUUAAGAUAUGGAGCCAGAAAUCGGGCAUGGAGCGGAGCAGGGUUCUGCUGGAGGCUGCCAGGAUUAUCCGGGAACGGAGGGAAGAAAUUGCCACCAUGGAAACCAUCAAUAAUGGGAAAUCCAUCUUUGAAGCCAGAGUAGAUGUUGACAUAUCUUGGCAGUGCCUGGAGUAUUAUGCAGGUUUAGCGGGGGCUAUAGCAGGUCAGCACGUCCAGCUUCCUGGGGGAUCCUUUGCUUACACCCGAAGAGAGGCGCUUGGGGUAUGUGUUGGGAUUGGAGCCUGGAACUAUCCCUUCCAGAUUGCCUGUUGGAAGUCUGCCCCAGCCUUGGCUUGUGGUAAUGCCAUGAUCUACAAGCCGUCUCCCCUCACCCCCAUCUCAGUGGUACUGCUGGCAGAGAUCUUCACCCAGGCCGGUGUGCCAAAUGGGCUAUUCAAUGUGGUGCAAGGGGGAGCUGCCACUGGCCAAUUUCUGUGCCAGCACCGGGAUGUGGCCAAAGUCUCUUUUACUGGGAGUGUACCAACUGGUAUCAAGAUCAUGGAGAUGUCAGCCAAAGGGAUCAAACCAGUCACCCUGGAGCUGGGGGGCAAGUCCCCCCUCAUCAUAUUCUCUGACAGCGUCCUAGAGAAUGCCGUGAAUGGAGCCCUGAUGGCCAACUUUCUCACGCAGGGCGAGGUUUGCUGCAAUGGCACUCGAGUGUUUGUGCAGAGGGAGAUCCUGGAGGCCUUCACGGAGGAAGUGGUGAAACGCACCCAGAAGAUUAAAAUUGGAGAUCCACUUCUGGAAGACACAAGGAUGGGGGCCCUCAUCAGCCGCUCCCACCUGGAGCGAGUCCUGGGGUUCAUUAGUCAGGCGAAGGAGCAGGGGGCAAAGGUGCUGUGUGGUGGGGAGCUGUAUGUUCCUGAUGACCUCAAGCUGAAGAAUGGCUACUACAUGCGACCCUGCGUGCUGGGGGACUGCAGAGAUGACAUGACCUGUGUGAAAGAGGAGAUCUUUGGGCCUGUCAUGUCCAUCCUACCAUUUGACACUGAGGAGGAGGUCCUGGAGAGAGCCAAUAACACCACCUUUGGGCUGGCAGGUGGUGUUUUUACCAGGGAUAUCCAGCGCGCUCACAGGGUGGUGGCUGCUCUCCAGGCUGGAAUGUGCUUCAUUAACAACUAUAACAUCAGCCCUGUGGAGCUGCCCUUUGGAGGAUACAAGAUGUCAGGGUUCGGCAGAGAGAACGGCCGGGCAGCAAUGGAGUAUUACUCGCAGCUGAAAACAGUCUGUGUGGAGAUGGGUGAUGUGGAAUCUGUGUUCUAAUGGCAUGGGCCUCACAGAAGAGCAACAGGCUGUCCCACUCAGUCAGCUAGAGAUUUUUACUAAACUUCUAGAUGGCAGUAACAAAGUGCUCUGAAUGUUCUGUGCAAAUGGGGGAAGCUGGGGUAGUGUGCUGCAGUCUUAUGCAUUUGUGAGUAGGGGGGCCAUGGGACACAGAAACAGUUGGGGUUCUGGUUUAACUGUCCCAUUCUUCACAAUUUGCCUGGGGCACCUAGGACUAAAAUCAGAUUAAGUGACCUUGAUUCAUCACCAGCAACUGUUGCUACUGAAGUUAGAGCCAGUAGACAUAGCAGCUGUUUAGUAUAACAAUUUCUGAUUAACUACUGGGUCAUGCUCUGACAGUUCAUUGUGCAUGGAGAAAACCUACAGUGAUGCUACAGUCUCUGUAGCCAGAGGUUUCCUUCAUGCACAUGGAGCUGUAUGAGAGCCUUGGUAGAAGGAUGACUGACUUCUCCUAGGCCAGUUCUGAACAGCAAUACCCUUAUCCUAAAACUAUUUCAGCAUAGAGGGGUGUUGGAACACUGGCCAUCUCUAUAGGGGAAUGGUUGCUGACAGAGGCUUGGUUGGGUCUUUUUCCAAAUAUAGCUCAUUGUGCAGUGAGAACAACAGUGUAUAACGGCAUCCACCUGCAGCUAUGGAAUAGUGCUAGUGCUCUACCCUAGAAUCACCUAGGGGUAUUUGCUGGUUUAGUGAAAGGUGUUUUGUUAUCCCCCAGGGCACUAACAAUUAGGCAAGCUAUUCUUUAUGUACACAUGCAAUUGGAGAAAAGUGUUUUAUACUCCUUUAUUUUAGCAAUCAAAUAAACAUGCUGGUAUAUGGCC